AUGAGGGGCCUCUGUGGAGCUGCUGAGCACCUCGUCAGGACUGGGUGGAGGUUCUGGCAAUUGGGGAUCCGCAAGGCCCUUGACCCACUGCAGGCUGCCUGGGAUGCCUUCUCCCAGUCUGUCCCAGCCAGCUGUGGCCAGCUGCUGACCCAGCUCCUCCUCUGUGCUUGCCUGGCUGUUGCUGCCGCAGAACUGGUUUGUCAUCGGCUGGUCUCUUCGUGGGUUUAUCCUUCAGGACCCUCGGGCAUCAUAGCCACUGUGUGUGGACUUCUGGUCUUCCUGGGCCUGGGCCUGGUACCCCCGGUCCGCUGCCUGUUCGCGCUCAGUGUGCCCACCCUGGGCACGGAACAGGGACGCCGGCUGCUCCUGUCCUACAGUACUGCCACCCUGGCCGUUGCCGUGGUGCCAAACGUCUUGGCCAACAUGGGUGCAGCUGGACAGGUGCUUAGGUGCGUCACCGAGGGCUCCCUGGACAGCCUGCUCAAUACCACUCACCAGCUGCGCAAUGCGUCCACAGCACUGGGCCCCACCAGCCGAUCGGGCAGCCGGGGCCUGACAUUUGAGAGCCAGGGAAAUGGCUCUGCCUUCCGGCUUCACAUGCUCAGGGUCACUCAGGGGGUCCUGGAGGACUUCUCUGCCUUGGAGUCCCUGGCCCAGGCAGCAGCACUGGGGACUCAGCGGGUGGUCACGGGGAUGUUCAUGCUGGGCCUCCUGGUGGAAUCUGCCUGGUACCUCCACCGCUACCUGACUGACCUGCGGUUUGACAACAUCUAUGAGACACCACAGCUGACCCGGCAACUGGCCCAGGCCCAGGCCACCCACCUAGUGGCUCCUCCACCCCCGUGGCUGCUCGGAAUAGCCCGGCCCAAGCUGUCCCGGGAGGAGCUGCUGCACUGUCUCCUGAGGCUGGGGCUUCUCUCCCUGCUCCUGGUGGCCACAGCUGUGGCAGUGGCCACAGACCACAUGGCCUUCCUGCUGGCACAGGCGGCAGUGGAUUGGGCUCAGAAGUUGCCAGUUGUGCCUGUCACGCUUAUGGUUAAGUAUGAUGCGGCCUACAGCGUCCUGGACUUCGUCCCCUUCCUCCUCAACCGGCCCCCUGCCCAGAGCCCCUUCCUCUCCGCCCGCCACUGCUUCCGGUGGGACCUGCGCUUCACCUCGGCGGGCUGCCGGCUGCUGCCCGCCCAGCGCCCCCAGGACUCCGCCGCGCUGGCCGCCGCGAGCCUGCAGCUGCUGGCCGGCUCCACGGUGCUGCUGGAGACCUACGCCCGGCGCCUGCGGCACGCCAUCGCCGCCGCCUUCUUCCCUGCGCAGGAGGCGAGGAGAAUCCGCCACCUGCGCGCCCGGCUCCAGAGGAGGUACGACCGGCACCGGGGCCAGCGGCUGCCCCCGGGGCCUCCUCCCUCUCCCGACCUCACGGACCGCACAGAGGCACGGGGCAGAGGAGCAGGAGGCCGCGGGUAG